AUGUAUGAGAUCCACACACAGACUCGUGAGGAGAAAGACAGGUGGAUCACACUGCUGCAACACACGGCAGACAGUUUACCUGAAAAUGAACUGAAGAACAAUGAUGAGCUGAAAUGCAAAAACAUAAAUACGCUGCAAGAGGCUCUGGUAUCUCUAGAUGUGCAGGUGUGUGCUGUUCUGGAGGAGAAACUCAGGAUGUGUGUUGGGUCUUUAACUCAUCAGGAGCUGCUUGUACAAACACACACAGACACACCACGUGGAGCGACACUGCUGAGUGCUGCACAGGCAGAGGUAGUAAACCUGCUGGUGUGUGUGAUGUCACUGCUCUUUGGUUAUCAUGAUGUCAAUCAGUGUGAUAAAGAACCGAGCAAGAAACGUCUAAAACGAAAAGAACAUCUUAUACUAAAGGUGGUGGACUGUGUGCAGAGUUUAAUGCAGAUCUUGUACAGUCUGCAGGCCACAGUUAUGAUACAGGACGGCAUGUAUGAGGUUCAGAAACUCCUGAUCCUGGAGGAAGAAACUCUGCAGGCUGACACUGAUGGGAAGGUUGAUGAUGGGAGUCUGUGUUAUUCGAACAUGGAGCAGAGAGAUACUGAUCACUCGGAGGAGAUGCAGAUGAUAAAAAGAAAAAAGGAGGGACUGGAGGUGGAGCUACAGCAGUGGGCGGAGAGAACUCAGGCUCUGAGAGAGGAGGAGGCAAAAGUGGAGCGGGAGAGAAGGUGGAUCCAGCAGGAGGAGAGACGAAUAAGAAAGGAGAGAGAGAGGAUGGAGAGGAAGCUCCGCCUCUCACAGCAAAACUCCACCAAUCGGCAGCGCAGCCUGUCCUUCAUCAUCCCAGUGGAAAAAUAGGGUUUCUGUGUUGUU